UGUUUUGCAACUUUUGCUUGAUCGUUCUUCCUGAACUAGAGCCCUUGGUUUAUCCCAGAAUCGUUAUAUUUUUUCUGUUAACCCAAUAAAAAAUUAUUGAAAAAUCCGUAUGUAGUCUUCACCAGGAACAGCCGUGAAAAACAGUGACAUAAAUCAGUUAAUUCACCGACGUUGAAGACUCCACAGUUAUUUAUCACAUUUCCGCGCGCCAGAGAAUGUCCGCCAAUCCCCCACCCAAUCCUCCCCAUCCGGCGGUCCACCCGACCCGCGACCAAUUGGAGCACCUGGAAGAGUUAACGGAGAACCUGAUGGAGGCCUACCGCCAUCUGGGCAUCACGGUAUCCGACGUGCAACCCAGCAGUCAGCCCGUCGUCAAUCAGCAGCUGGCGAAUCUCAUUAAAUGCCUGCGGGAGCUGGACGAAGCCAAGGGGUGCCUGGGGGAUCUGCAUGUGCCCCUGGAGGUGGUGCAGUAUGUCGAUCAGGCGCGCAAUCCGCAGAGCUACACCAAGGACUGCAUGGAGAAGGCCAUCAUGAAGAACGAGGAGCUCAAGGGCAAAGUCGACGCGUUUAAGAAAUUCAAGGCGCAUUUACUGGUGGAGCUGUCCAAGGCCUUCCCUGAAAUGGCCAAAUAUCGUGCCCUGCGCGGCGACCAGAAUAUUGUGGAUAAACAGUGAAAUGUCGCUUCUUGAGGAUGUUUUCUUUGCUCAUUUGAUCUCGCGUUUUAUCGGUUUUUAUUUGUCGCGCUGUUUCGAGUCUUGUGUCAACAAAAUAACAAUAAAAUGUAUACUGAUUAAUAAAAUGUCAAAAUGAAGAGAAAAAAAUUAA